UGUGCGCGCACCUGCCGGGGCGAGGGUGCUUCUGGGUUGGUCGGCCGCUGUAUAUAUAAGCGACGGCGCGCGCGCCCGACUGCUCGUUACACAAACUUCCAGACCAACGAAGUUAAGCCGUGCGCCAUCCAGGCUUUUAGCGAACUGCCAGCUUCGCGCGUAAGUUGCACCUCCGCAACGGAUAGCAGAUAGGGACGGGCGCCACUUCGAUUCACUGCUGCUGAUAGACGGUCAGCCAAUCGUCACUGUACAUCUCUGCUCUCCGGUUGCCAAGAAAAAUGCACGGCUCGAAGGCGUUGCUGCGCGCGACCUGCGUCGCCGUGAUCUUCAUGGCCGUGGGCUGCUUGACGGUGCAGUCCCAGCCGGAACCCAUGGCAAGGCCUACCAGGCCGAAAGUGUUUACCAGUCCGGAGGAGCUGAAGCAGUACUUGGACCUCGUCAAGGAUUAUUACACUUUGAACUCUAAACCACGGUACGGAAAGCGAGCCGACCCGUAUCAAGCGACGAACGCGCCGGAGCACCCUAUAAACAUUCUGCGGAUGAUGAUGGCGAUCGAGCAGCACAAGCAGCGCAGCCAACUUGCGAAGCAGCUAGACAGGGAGGAGCCGAGCAAGCUGCAGAUGAUAUAUCCUGACGAGCACCUCAAUAGAUAUUACGAAACGAUGGAAUAAUUGUUAUUUUUCGGCGGAGAAUGUACUCAUUAAUCAUUAGCCGGACGAAAACUGCGUUCGCUGCUUCCUCUUUGCACUUGAAAUCUACAAUUCCGUCGCCUGUAUCAUUCAGUUAUUGCAGAUUCUUAUUGAAAUUUCUAUAAUGUAACGCAAAAAUCGAUGGUAUGCAUUUGAAGAAAAAGCACUUCCAGACUUGUUUGUAAAUCGAAAUGUGAUAUACGUACAUAUGUAGCCCGUAAGCUGAUCGCACGAGCGAGAGAUAAGGUAGAAAUCUACUGUUGGUAGAGUAGUCUGGUAAAAAAAAACCGUCGUAGGUAAAAUAGUGUUUGUUACUUACUAUUUGUCUCCCCCCGCUUCUCCUCUCGAUAAGCGCAAACACGUGAUCUCGACGAAUAAUCAUUUCGUCUUCAACGAAUUCAAUAGAACGAAGUGCGUUUAGUUUUGGCGCUAGUCACGUCAUUAUAUGCUGCUCGAUUAUUGUUUGUUCAUGACAGAUUAUAAAUAAAAGUCUCUGAAAUAGUCUUGAAGAUAUGUGCGAUUUGGACUUUGAGAGCCUUCCUGCCCAGUACUUUAUUUCGAUAUGCCAUUUCCUUGAUUAUGGAUUAGAUUGCCUAUAAGAGAGAUCAAAUACUUUACGAGUGAAACGAGCAGAAAAAACUGCUAUAAGGACUCCGUGUUCAAUACUAAAAAAAAAUAUAAAGUCAAGUUCCAGUAGUUAGCGCCUAAGAAUUUCACAACAAAGCUGGCAAUAUUCCGGCAUU